AUGACGACUGUCAAGUCCAAUUUUGGUCCCUUGACCACCCGUUUUGAGCCGCCGCAGGACUGUUUCGAUGAGAAAUGGUACCAACAUGAUUCCAGUCGGCAGAUGCUUCGCUGGGGCGCGGACUGCAACUCGGGGACAGUCGGCUUUGCCUCUUCGUGCUUUCCCCCAGGCUGGGUGGGGUUCUCAAGCAAUGCCGACAUCGCCUGGAAGGGUUUCUAUCCAGGCUUGGGCUGUCCCUCGGGCUUCCAGUCUGCUGCAGCAGUUACGGGGUCCAAGUCAGGGAACGAACUCGUCACGUUUCUGACAGACCUGGGAGAAUAUGAUGUUGCUACUGCUUGCUGUCCUUCAGGCUACUUCUUCGAUGUACACGGGUGCGCCAAGCUCGAUCCAUCGUUCGGCCCAAAAACUCUCCUCACUACGUCUGGCGAUAAGUGUGUUGAAACUACCUCAUAUCCAUACAACGGAGUCCAUGCCACCGGAGACACGAGCGCAACCUUUCGGGCGUUCCCCGUCGUGAUCAUCCAAGACAUACGCUCUUCCACCACAUUUCCUGCAGAAACCACUACAAGCAGCUCCUCUACAAAUAGCUCCACCACAAGUAGCUCUAGUGGUAGCAACGGUGGGCUAUCAUCUGGCGCCAAGAUUGCUAUCGGAGUGUGCAUCCCCGUCGUUGUGAUAGGCAUAGCGGUUGCUUGCUUCAUCUUGUGGUGGCGGCGCAAACGGGCACGUUCAGGAGAUGAGGUCUCACGACCAAUUGAGUUACCUGGAGAUAAGGUUGGGGGUAUCUCCGAAAUAGAUUCUGGGGCUUCGCCCGAUCCCGUCAAGAAGCAGGAGCUAGAUGCGAGGAACGAAAUCAGUUGGGGUGCAACUGGUGCUCCGGCUGAAAUGCUAGCCGAUUUACCUACUCACACAACCCGGGCGGAGCUCUCAGGUAAUUAG